GUAGCUGUCAUGGCGGUGGCCGCGGUGCUGUUCGGUGCCUGAGCGCUGUAGGGUAGCAGUGGCUGUAGAGCCGGUGGGUGCCGGGAAUCGUGCACCAUUUGGGGUUAAAUUGGCUGGGUCUGAAAGUGUGAGGGACAAGUAACCACAGAGAGAACUGGCUGAGGGGCAGCUAUGUCUGGGCUGCUGGGUCAGCCAGACACUGCCCCAUUUCUCAGCCAAGCAGAUGAUACAGAAGAAGGAAUGGGGGCCCCAACCCCUGGUGCUGGCAAGACUGCAAGUUUGGGGGGGCCAGAGCCACAGGAUAGAGAAGACCCAGAUGGGGAAGGGCUACAGCUGAUAACAGGCAUCUCUCCUGGACAUGCAACUUUGAUUGUGGGUGUACUUUGUUAUAUCAACCUUCUUAACUACAUGGACCGUUUUACCGUGGCAGGCGUUCUUCCAGACAUUGAGCAGUUCUUUGGUAUUGGUGACAGCAGCUCUGGCCUCAUCCAAACUGUGUUUAUUUCCAGUUACAUGGUGCUGGCCCCUGUAUUUGGCUACCUGGGUGACAGAUAUAACAGGAAGUACCUCAUGUGUGGUGGCAUUGCCUUCUGGUCAUUGGUGACUCUGGGUUCUUCAUUCAUCCCUAGAGAGAGAUUUUGGCUGCUUCUCUUUACCCGGGGCCUGGUAGGGGUUGGGGAGGCCAGUUAUUCUACUAUUGCCCCCACCCUCAUUGCCGACCUCUUUGUAGCUGAUCAGCGAAGUCGAAUGCUUAGUGUCUUCUACUUUGCCAUCCCUGUGGGCAGUGGUCUGGGUUAUAUCGCAGGAUCAAAAGUGAAAGAUGUGGCUGGCGAUUGGCACUGGGCACUCAGGGUCACCCCAGGCCUUGGGAUGAUAGCAGUGUUGCUGCUGUUUCUGGUGGUGAGGGAGCCGCCUCGUGGAGCUGUGGAGCGCCAUUCAGACACCCCUCCCUUGAACCCCACCUCUUGGUGGGCAGAUGUGCGGGCUCUGGCUCGGAAUCCCAGUUUUGUGCUCUCUUCCUUGGGAUUCACAGCUGUGGCUUUUGUCACGGGGUCCCUGGCGCUGUGGGCACCAGCUUUCCUGCUCCGUGCUCGCGUAGUCUUAGGAGAGACCCCACCUUGCCUCCCUGGAGACUCCUGCUCCUCUUCAGACAGUCUCAUCUUUGGGCUGAUCACUUGCGUGACUGGGAUUCUGGGUGUGGCCUCUGGGGUAGAGAUCAGCCGCCGUCUUCGCCGCACCAACCCCAGGGCUGACCCCUUGGUCUGUGCAGCUGGAUUGCUGGGAUCUGCCCCCUUUCUGUUCCUGGCCCUGGCUUGUGCUCAGGGCAGCAUUGUAGUUACCUAUGUUUUCAUCUUCAUUGGAGAGAUUCUGCUGUCCAUGAACUGGGCCAUUGUGGCAGACAUUCUGCUGUAUGUGGUUAUUCCCACACGCCGGUCAACAGCAGAGGCCUUCCAGAUUGUCCUGUCCCAUCUGUUGGGAGAUGCUGGGAGCCCCUACCUCAUUGGGCUGAUAUCUGACCGUCUCCGCCGUGACUGGCCUCCUUCCUUCCUCUCCCAGUUCCGGGCCCUGCAGUUUUCCCUCAUGCUUUGUGCCUUUGUUGGGGCGCUUGGGGGUGCAGCUUUCCUGGGCACCGCCAUGUACAUUGAAGGUGAUCGAAAGAGAGCCCAUCUCCAUGUGCAAGGACUCCUGAGGGAUGUGCCCCCUCCAGAUGAUCAGAUCGUGGUCCCUCAGCGAGGCCGUUCUACCAAGGUCCCAGUGUCCAGUGUGCUCAUCUGAUUGGGUGGACUGUGGCCUGAGGCCACCUCGUGUUCUGGUUCCCCUCAGGGGGAUAGGUGGGCAGUGGGCAGGACUCUGAGUAUAAACCCAGCACCGUGGACUGUUACCCCAUCCCUGUGCCAGGUGUGGUACCAUGACCUCUGACCUGGGACCACAGGAUUGGGACAGUGGCUGAGGUUUGUCCCUUUUUCCCUCCCUGAGCACAUGCGCACAUAGACGCACUACAUGCACAGCAAUAUCGGUCAGGGAGUGAUUCUGGAUCAGAGAGGAGGCGGGUGGUUGGAAGGCCACGGAGCGGGCGCCCUCGACUUUCUGCAGGUCUCUUUGGGGAGGGAAGAUCUCUUUUCCCUCUGCCUGUCAGGCUAUAGGUGGGUUCCAAGCCGUCUUCCUGGGGUCAGGGGCAAGGUGCCCCCACUGUCCAGGCAGGAGGGUUUGGUGCUAUUUUUAUCUGAAUAAACUUUGUAACCAGA